AAGCCAGCUACCAACAAGCAGCAGCAGCAGCCGGCGCAUGUCCUGUAGACUCUCCUGACAAAACAUGAGCUUGCACACAGAGAGAGGAAGGAGGGAGGAGAGAGGAUGGUGAUGAGGGGAGCCGCUCCUGCCUCAUGAUGCCAUCUCACCUUCCCCUGUGCAGCCUGUCGAUCCUCCUCCUCUAAGACUCUGCAGCCCAUUUCUCCCCAUCUCUACCCCAACAUUAUUACUGCGCUUUACUGAGCGGUCUGUAGCGGCGAGCUUGCUCUGGAUCCAUCCCCAUCUGUAGCCAUGUCAGACUCCGAGGACAUGACGGAGUUCGCCAGCAUCGUGGAGCGGAUCGAGCGGGGAGAGGUCCCGAUCAAGAACAUCGAGCGGGAGCUGAUCUGCCCCAUCUGCAAGGAGCUGUUCACCCACCCGCUCAUCCUGCCCUGCCAGCACAGCGUCUGCCACAAGUGCGUCAAAGAGCUGUUGAUGCUGAACUAUGACGACUCGUUCGACGCUGGCUCCGAGAGCUCGGUGCCGGGCAGCCCGAGGUCCAGGGUGCCUUCCCCCUCCAUGGAGAGGCUGGACAGGCUUGUCAGAUCAGCCGCAGGGCGAAGGUCGUUGGGAAGUCGAGGUAGACGCGGGAUCCGUGUUUUCAGUAGCUAUAGUCCCAGGAAACGAAGUGGAAAUACUGGCUUGCAAACUGAGAUAAAUCCAGCACUCCUCUCUUCCCCUGUCCCCCAAAAACGUUCAAUCUCAUCCCCGGGCUGGCGCCGAGGGUCUGUGACUCCCCGGGUCACCGCCAUCCCGUGCCCCGGCUGCCAGCAUGACAUCGACCUGGGAGAGCGCGGCAUCAGCAUGUUGUUCCGUAACUUCACCCUGGAGAGCAUCGUCGAGCGUUACAGGCAGGCUGCCCGCGCGGCCGUUGCAAUCAUGUGUAACGUCUGUAAACCUCCAAACCAGCAGGAGGCAACCAAGAGCUGCAUGGACUGCAAAGCUAGCUACUGCAACGAGUGCUUCAAAUUACACCAUCCCUGGGGCACACCCAAAGCCCAGCAUGAGUACGUUGGUCCCACCACGAAUUUUAGGCCAAAGGUGCUCAUGUGUCCAGAGCACGAGAUGGAGAAGGUGAACAUGUACUGUGAAGUCUGCAGACGGCCGGUGUGUCAUUUGUGUAAACUGGGAGGGUCCCAUGCCAACCACAAAGUCACUUCGAUGAGCAGUGCUUACAAGAUCCUCAAGGAGAAACUAGCGAAGAGCAUCCAUUAUCUCAUCAGUAAAGAAGACCAGGUCAGGACUCAGAUUACUGAGCUUGACCGGCUCAUCAGUCAGACGGAGGAAAACGGACAGCUUGCAGAGCGUGAAGCCAACGAACAUUUUGAACGUCUGUUUGAGACUCUUCAAGAAAGAAAAUCGGAGAUGCUGAGAUCCAUUGAACAGUCCCGUAACAGACGCAUAGACCAACUGAAAGGCCAGGUGGAUGAGUACCAGGGUAUGUUGGAGAACAGCGGCCUGGUUGGCUACGCCCAGGAGGUGCUGAAAGAGACCGAUCAGUCCUGCUUUGUCCAGACUGCAAAGCAGCUCCAUGUCAGGAUUCAAAAAGCCACAGAGUCACUAAAGACCUUCCACCCUUCAGCUGACCCUUGCUUUGAUGAGUUUGUGCUGGACACGUCCAAAGAGGAAACAUUGCUGAAAGAGAUAUGCUUCGGUGGAGUCCCAGACCCCCCUCUGAUUGACUGGUCCCACAGCAGAGUUUACAACGAGGCCUCCAUCUGCUGGAGACUCUCUGAGGACCACCUACCAACAGAUCACCAUGUUCUAGAGUACCGCAAACUUGGGGAACAAAGCCGGUCUCCAUCUCCUGGGAAUGGAGAGGACAAUGGCGUCUGGAGGGCUACAGACCGGGUGUAUGGGUCCAGUGCUCUGGUGCACGACCUGGAACCUGACAGUCGGUACGCCUUUAGAGUUCGAAGCUGCAGGAACUCCAUGUUCAGCCCGUACAGCCCAGAGGUCUCCUUCCACACUCCACCUGCACCUGUUUUUAACUUCCUGUUCAGUGACAAGUGUGGAUUCAGUACUGAGCGCCUAAUUUUGAACAAUCGACGGGAUGCUGUGGAGAGCAUGGCGGGUAUGGCUUUCCUCCUUUCAGCAGAACGUGUGCAAUCCGGCAGCUACAUCGGUCUGGACUACAUCAUUGGGGACACGGGCAUCUCCCAGGGGAGACACUACUGGGCCUUUAAGGUGGAGCCUUACUCCUACAUGGUUAAAGUCGGCGUGGCUUCUGAUACCAAACUGGCUGAAUGGUUCCACAACCCAAGAGACACCAGCAGUCCAAGGUAUGACCACGACAGCGGACAUGACAGUGGCAGCGAGGAUGCAUGCUACGAGCUCUCCCAGCCCUUCACACUUAUCACCCUGGGCAUGGGUAAACUCUUCAUCCCCAAGGCCUCUUCUUCCUCCUCCGUUUCCAACGCAAAUUUAUCAUCCGGUGACCCAGGCAACCGUGUGCUUCCCAUGCCGCAACGCCUGGGCGUAUGCUUGGACUAUGACGCACAUCGGGUGUAUUUUUACGACGCCGACACCAUGAGGUGCCUUUUCGAGAGGCAGGUCGACUGUUCGGGAACGAUGUUUCCAGCUUUUGGUCUCAUGGGCAGUGGAAAGGUCCAGCUGGAGGAGUUCAUUACCGCUAAAAAACUGACCUUCUGAGAAAGAAUGGAGGGAAGAUGUUGAUGCAUUAAGACUUUAAUAAAUGACCUUUUUCUUGGGUAUUUUUCUGUGAAAACUUAGGGGGUAUAUUGUCCUGUGAGGGUAAAAUUCAACCAUUUUUCUUAGCGACAGGCCAGUUAUCAGCAGGGCUUCCCUCUCCCCCCCUCUGUGAAUGAGAUAACUGCUCCAGCGUGUCCACAUGCAGAGGUCUUCAAAGAUUGAUAUGAAAGGUCAUCUUUGCAAACCAAAGUCACUGUAUCUGAAUUGUCAUUGACCUGCUUUUAUUUACCAGCCAAGAUCAGCUGUUACUGAACUGGCUACAGAAUAUGUAGUCACUUUAAAUAUUUUAACCUGAAACAACUUACACUGGAACACUGCUUUAUUAUUCUAGAUAUUUUCUUGUUUUCUUUAAAUGGUUGGUGGUUCUGUGUGAAGGUAGCAGCAAAUGUUUAGAUGCUAGAGGAUACGAGGGAAGGUUGCUGCUAGUUUUGAAGCUAGCACCUUUGUGCCUUUUUUUCCUCCCCCCCUCCUUUUUUUUCUAAUAAAAGUUGAUCACAGAAUUACACAAUUGUUGUAUCUACCAGU